UAGAGGCGGGAAAAUGUUAGAACCCUAACUGAGACGGUUUGUCAAGCUUUGACUCUCUCUCUCUCUCUCUCGCUGCGUUUUUUAUUUUCGGAGUGAUUCAUCAAUCUCUCUCUCUCUCUCUCUCUCUCUCUCUCUCUAUGGGAAUAAAGGGUUUAACGAAGCUUCUUGCAGACAAAGCUCCAAAUGCAAUGACAGAGCAGAAAUUUGAAAGCUAUUCAGGCCGCAAAAUCGCCAUUGAUGCCAGCAUGAGCAUCUACCAGUUCCUUAUUGUUGUGGGUCGGAAUGGGACUGAAAUGCUUACCAAUGAGUCUGGUGAAGUAACUAGUCAUUUGCAAGGGAUGUUCGCACGGACAAUUAGGCUUCUUGAAGCUGGAUUGAAGCCAGUAUAUGUUUUUGAUGGAAAGCCUCCCCAUUUGAAAAAACAAGAGCUUGCGAAACGACACUCAAAAAGAGCAGAUGCUACUGAGGACUUGAACAAGGCCUUAGUGACUGGCGAUAAGGAACAGAUUGAGAAAUUCAGUAAACGAACAGUAAAGGUGACAAAGAAACACAAUGAAGACUGUAAAAAACUUCUAAGGCUCAUGGGAGUGCCUGUAAUUGAGGCUCCUUCAGAAGCAGAAGCACAGUGUGCUGCUCUUUGCAAAUCUGGAAAGGUUUAUGCAGUUGCCUCUGAAGACAUGGAUUCUCUAACUUUUGGAGCUCCUAGAUUUCUUCGCCAUUUAAUGGAUCCAAGCUCAAAAAAAGUCCCAGUGAUGGAAUUUGAAGUUUCAAAGGUUUUGGAGGAGCUAAAUCUUACCAUGGACCAAUUCAUCGACUUGUGCAUUCUUUCUGGGUGUGAUUAUUGUGAUAGCAUUCGGGGUAUUGGGGGGCAGACUGCUUUAAAGCUCAUCUGGCAACAUGGCUCGAUAGAGCAUAUACUGGAGAAUAUAAACAAAGAGAGGUACCUGAUACCUGAUAACUGGCCCUAUCAAGAGGCUCGGUGCCUUUUUAAUGAACCAUUAGUCUUUGUUGAUGACGAGCGAUUUGAGAUUAAAUGGAGUGCUCCAGAUGAAGAAGGGUUGAUAACUUUUCUUGUCAAUGAAAAUGGGUUUAAGAGUGACAGAAUUAUAAAGGCAAUAGAAAAAAUCAGAGCAGCCAAGAACAAGUCAACUCGGGGGCGAUUAGAAUCGUUCUUUAAACCAGUUGUUAGCACGGCAGUACCCAUCAAGCAAAAGGAAAGUAAAUGCGUUCUUGGAUCUCCAAAACCAAUAAUCAAGCCUAAGAUGUUCUCUGUGCAAGCAUGUACAGACUCCGGGCCCAAGGUCGUCGGCAACUUUAGCCUGCCAACUCUAGCUUUGGGUUCCACACACUCCACACUGCUAUCCAGAGGUGUAUGCUUUGGCACAUGAAGCUGAAAACCCCGUCGAAGCUUCCACACGGUUUAUCACAAAUUUUCUUGAUUUAUGUAAUUCAUGUCACAACACCAGAUUUAUCACAAAUUUUCAAUUUUUUUCAUGAAAAGUGAAAAUGAAUUUGUUGACUAUAGUAAUCAUAAUCAUCAUUAUUAUUA